CCUAACUAAAGGUAGGCACUCUUAUGCUACCCCUUAUUAUGCUCCCCUUCGUCUGUUGUCUCAAACACUCGCCUGUUUGCUCCCGUGACAUGAUGAGGAUGCGAAAAACAAGCACCGCCUAAAAAUAAGCGAUUUGCUUGUCCUGAGCUUUGCUUGCCUCUUCCUCACUCCUCAGAUCGUUCGGCUCGGUUGCAUCCAUUGACUGUCCUGUUGAGGUCAAGGCUAACAGUCGUCAUGCAAUUCCUGAAAGGUCUUGCCAUCACCACCUUGGCGACUCCCUGCUUUGCCUCGCCUGGAUAUCUCAAGCUCGAUGUCCAUCGGCAGCCGCGACAUGGAAGUCAUCUCGCUCGCAGGGCGAAUGUCGACGGCACAGUCGACGCCCUUUUGACACAAAACACCAACAAGCUUGAGUAUUUGGUCAACAUUACUAUCGGUACUCCGCCACAAAGUCUUGCCGUCACUUUGGAUACCGGCUCAUCGGACCUCUGGGUACCCGCAGCCGCAAGCAAACUCUGCGAGCAGGGGAAGUGCGACGAUGGUACCUUUGCGCGCUCCAAAUCAAGUACCUACGACGUGGUCGAGCAAGGUGGCUUUAACAUUACAUAUGCAGCACCUGGAGACUCUGAUGCUGGUGAUUGGGCAACGGACACUGUCACAGUCGGAGGGUCGCCUUCAAUCGCACAGCAGCAGAUUGGGGUAGCAUUCUCGAUAGUUGAUCCUCAUGGUGUCAUGGGUGUGGGCUAUGAUACGAAUGAAGCUUCCGAUAAUGUCUACCCAACGAUUAUGGACAACUUGAAGUCCAAUGGCGUCACUAACCGCAAAGCUUACAGCCUGUACUUGAAUGACCUCCAAGCAAACACCGGGGCUAUCAUCUUUGGCGGAGUUGACACAACGAAGUAUACCGGCGAACUCGUUGCACUACCCUUACAGGAUGGACCAUAUGGAUACGUUGCUGAAUUCUACGUGACUCUCACGGGUGUCUCUUUCACGGACCAUACAGGUUCUACAACACAAGUUACACCACAAGGAUAUGCGCAAGCCGUCUUGCUCGAUUCGGGCACAAGUGCAACUCUUCUAACCGACGACGUGUUCUCUGCCAUAGCAAACGGAUUUGGAGCAGUUGACCUUGGUGACGAGGAUUACGUGGUGCCUUGUAGGUACGCCGGUGCCAAUGGCAGCAUCAACUAUUCCUUUGGCGGCGAGGAUGGUGUCACCAUCAGAGUCCCUAUAUCCCAAGUAGUUGGAAACUUGGACUUCCCGGGAGACCAAUUCAGCGAUGCCGACGGCGGGUGUGAAUUCGGCUUGGGACCUCCAAUUCAAGGGUUCUCCAUUAUGGGGGACACAUUCCUCAGAAGUGCUUAUGCUGUGUUCGACAUCGAUAACAACCUCGCAGCUUUAGCUCAGGCCGCUGAAAACAUGACGGAUACUUCGAGCAUUGCGGCUAUACCGCCUGGCACAAGCAUACCAGGUGCCUCUAUCACGGCGACUGCUACUGGUACUCAACUCUCCGGAGCUGCAGCAACAGCACUACCUGUAGUUCCCACUGCGAGUCUGCAAGGCACGACAUUGGUGUUGGCGGGCACUCCUACCUUCAAUCUCGGUGUUUCACCCACGAGUGGAACUUCUCGGGCAACAUCGUCGUCGUCCUCCGGGAAAGCUCACGCAGCGGCGCCGACUGCGGCCCUGCUAGGUCUGGGUUUGGCUGCAGGUAUUCUGGCCGCGUGAAGAGAGAGGCCGCUACGCAGAUUGCGACACGGCAACUGAGAAGACAUGAGUGAAUGAUCAAGCAUACAUAGACUAUUCCCAACGAAGACAAUCUUGCUAGAAGA